AUGGCAAAGGUCUUCAGUCUUCGUGGUCAAGCCCUGAAACUCGAUACGGCCGCAGACCUUCAAAAACACAUCAAACCGCUCGAAGACAGCACAGAUGUCGAAGAAGUGCACCUCGAGGGGAACACGAUCGGCGUCGAGGCUUCUGAAGCACUCGCCAAGAUUCUAGAAACAAAGAAGACUCUCAAAUACGCCAACCUCGCCGAUAUCUUCACCGGACGUCUGCUUUCCGAAAUUCCUCAAGCUCUCGAUGCUCUGCUGAAGGCACUGCUCAAAUGUCCAAGUCUUCACACCAUCAACCUCAAUGACAACGCAUUUGGUCUGAACACCGUCGAGCCCCUUCGGCCGUUCCUUAGCCAACACACUCCUCUCCAACACCUCCACCUGAACAACAACGGUCUCGGUCCAGCCGCCGGCACCCUCGUGGCCGAAGCCCUCGCACAACUCGCGGAGAACAAAGCCGCCGCACGAAAAGCAGGAAAAGAUGUACCAGACCUCGAAACAGUCGUCUGUGGACGCAAUAGAUUGGAAACAGGCAGUAUGGCAGCGUGGGUAAAAGCCUACACAGCCAACGACAAAGUGAAAACAGUCAAGAUGGUGCAGAACGGAAUCCGACAAGAAGGAAUCGCGACGCUGCUUCAACAUGGCCUUUCGAAUUGCAAAAUCCUCGAUACCCUGGAUCUACAGGACAACACGUUCACCGCCCUUGCAGCGAAGACUUUGUCGACGGUCAUUCCCACGUGGACAGAACUGCGCGACUUGGGUGUGGGAGAUUGUCUUCUCUCAGCACGUGGAGGUCGUAUGCUGGGCGACGCUCUCGCAAAAGGCGGAAAUAAGAAACUCGAAAUCCUCCGAUUACAGUACAACGAAAUCGACACUAAGGGUCUCAAGGCCCUCUCGGACGCCGCUUCUUCCUCUACUGCCCUUCCGCGUCUACGACGCGUUGAGCUGAACGGCAACAAAUUCGCAGAGGAAGAUCCGAGUAUCGAGAAACUGAAAGAUUUGCUCGAGAAGCGGAAAGAUGAGCAGGCUGAGGAGUUUCCUGGUGUUGAGGAGGAUGACGAGGAUGCCUGGGGCGUGGAUGAGCUGGACGAGCUGGAAGAUGAUGACGAAGACGAGGAGGAAGAGGAAGACGAGGAAGAGGCCGAGGAGGAGAAGGUUCUCAAGGAUGCCGACGCGGCAGAGGCAGAGCCGGUGGCGCAGGAGAAGGACAAGGACGUGGAUGACUUGGCGAACGCGCUCGGCAAGACAGAAAUCAAAUGA